UAAUCUGGUAAUUUAUUAAAUUCGCGUAAUCCGGCUGGAGGAUAUUCAACAUCGGGCCUGUUCUUUGAAUAGUGUGUCGGGAAAAAGUUAUCGCGUUGAAGUCCGAAGGAGACCGUCAAUUCGAACAGUUGAAGAAGUUAGUGAAAUUCAAUCGACGAUCGACAUGUGCACCUUAAUGCAAUCGUUAGAUUUAUCGUACGAGAUUGACGGAGUGAAGCUAACGGACAUCUCUGACCGAAAUGAACAACCGCGUCACGGGUUGCAGCUGCAAGCGACCAGCGACCAAGACCAUAUGCAGCAGUUGCAGCAACGUGACCAGUUGCAACGGAUGCAAUGGGACCGGGAGCCGUUGCAGCUGCACAAGCGUGACCACGUGGCUGGGCAGCAGCAACUGCAGCAGCAGCAACGGGACAGGGACCAGUUGCAGUAUCAGCAACGUGACAGGGAGCAGCAGCUGCCGCAGUUGCAAUCGAUCAGCAACUUGUUACUAGACCUGCCUCCGCCGUCUAGCUUCCAGGGAUUCUCGCAGGACGCGAACAAAAGCAACAAUAACGAUGCGCCAGGAGACAUGUCGAUUUCGGAUCUGUUCGGGCUCGGUUUGCCACGGGGUUCGUUAAUGGGCAGCCAAUCAACAGCUGGAUCGCCUGGUUACCGCAACUACCAGUACCAAAAUCGCAACCAGGGAUCCUCUCAGCAUUACCAGCACUGCGAGGAUAGCGGUAUCUGCUCGAACUCGUCGAUGAUGGACAUUCCGAGUUCGCCAAAUUCUGUUACCACACCUGGUAGCCCCAGCACUCCUGGAAGUCUGUAUUCGAAUCCAUAUUCGUACACGUCUACAAAUAGCAGUAAUCAGACAGCGUCGUCGCCGAUUAGUCGGGGAUCUAUGCAACACACUAGUUCCUCGUCGUCACCGAUUCAUUCUCCCUAUUAUGGAAGGCCCAUUCGUGGGUCCCCGCCUUACAGCAACUGCAGCAGCCCCACCUGCGAGUAUCCUUACUUGACGAGUUGCAAUGGAUCACGAUCAAGCUCACCGGCGGAUUCGGAUACGAGCGGCAUAAGCAGCAACGAUAGUUCUCUGUCCGACAUAAUGAGUUGUCUGUCAAUGAAUUCAUCUUCGCACGGAUGUUACCCGCAGUCGUUGGGUUCGUUGAUGUCUCCAGACGUGGAUUUGUGCGGAAACAACAGAGCGGCCGCGUUUCAACGUAUGGCGGUGAAAAAGUAUUUAUCCUCACCCCAUCAAAAUUCGUCGUCGCCGCACCAUCAUCUACAUUCGCACGGACACAAUCGUGGUCAUCAUUACGGCACGAAUCAGAACGGGGGAUUCCUGAAUUCCCUCUUGUCGCACGAGAAGAAUUGCUGCACCCCGAAUAAUCAUAUGACGGCUAUGAAUUCACCAACGAUAAAUGUCUUAGAUCCGCAAAUGUCGCUCGAACGCGUGGCACGUUUUCAUCGAAGUGCCGCUGCACUUUGUGACCCUACUUGUACAUGGAGCGGUAUAUUACCUCAACGGGCUCAAAAGCCUACGGGUUAUUCAUCAAAGGUGUUCCUUGGUGGUGUGCCCUGGGACAUUACGGAGUCUCUUUUAAUCGCAACUUUCAAGCAGUUCGGUCCGAUACGCGUGGAAUGGCCGGGGAAAGAUCAAUCGGCUAUGCAGCCUAAAGGAUACGUGUAUAUCAUAUUCGAAUCCGAGAAACAGGUGAGAACCCUGUUGGCAUGUUGUACACAUGAUUUUACCAACGGUGGUAGUUGGUAUUACAAGAUAUCGUCGAAACGAAUGAAGGCUAAGGAGGUACAAGUAAUACCUUGGGCCCUUGAGAACAGUAAUUACGUGAAAUCCUCAUCGCAGAAACUUGAUCCUCAUAAAACAGUAUUCGUUGGCGCACUUCACGGUAUGCUGACUGCUUCCGGUUUAGCAAAAAUCAUGGAUGAUUUGUUCUGUGGAGUUAUUUACGCAGGUAUUGAUACUGACAAACACAAGUAUCCAAUAGGAUCCGGUCGGGUUACGUUUAGCACAAAGCAUUCGUACAUGAAAGCGGUUUCAGCGGCUUUUAUUGAGAUAAAAACCGUCAAAUUUACUAAAAAGGUGCAAGUUGAUCCGUAUCUAGAAGAUUCUAUGUGUUCCGAGUGUUCAGUGCAACAAGGACCUUAUUUCUGCCGUGAAGUGAUGUGUUUCCGGUACUUCUGCCGCAUUUGCUGGCAAUGGCAGCACUCAGUGGAAUCAAUGUGGUAUCACAAACCGUUGAUGCGUAACUCGAAGACCAAUCAAGUGGUCGGAUUGUCACCGAUGAUGAACUCCGGACCCCGUAGACAGAACUACCUCACGAAUUAAGUACAAUUGCCAAGCUUCUUGUUCGCGAUAUAUCACGUAUACUCACCCCCUCCCCUCCUCCUUUUUUUUUUUGACUAUUUGUUUUCGCACGGACGUCGCGCUAGCUGACUUACUGACAGGGUGCAAACUUAGUUUUUAUCGCAGGGCUGCGGGCAGCUGGUUUGACGAUAUACACACAAACAUACCGGACAUACCAGCUGGAUCGGCAUAAGAAUGCAAAACGAUUUGUUUAUUAUCGUUAUUAUCGCAACACGUCCGUGGUAUAAAGACUAAUAAUUGAAAUGAUUGAAGCAAGAAGAAAAAAAACUAUGAAAUCGUGUGUUUCAUGAAGAGUUCCUAUUUCACAAACGCGGGCCACAAGACCGCGUGUUCAUACGAAACAAUACUUUUUAUUUAGUAUGUUUACUUAGGGACUGGUUCUCUUGUUGAUCGUUUUAUUGCGAAAUAUAAUAGAAUCGUGUGCCAUUGAUUAACCAACGAUCGGCACACGUUGUAUAACUGCAGUCAUACGUGUCACGAGUGUGCGUUUCCAUUGCAAUUCAUGUGGGCUCAAUUGUGGCUUGUAGAGUGACAAUUAUUUUUAUGCGAUACAAAAUGUGAGAAGCCACUCGACUGCUAGGAAAGAAGGACAAAGAAGAGAGAACUGCACCGAGUUCGUCGUAAUGAUUCAGAAAAAUGAAAUUCCGUAAAACACAACGGCGCCGCUAUAAUACAAUAAAUCGGCGAAAAAUAUUACGCUUAAACCGUAAAUUAUUCGAGGAUAUUAGAUUAUUGUAGUGUUCGAAGCGGUGGGAGGGUUUAAUAAUUCGAUUAUUAUUUUUCACGGGGAACCCAUUUAAUUUUGUAGGAGCAGUUGUGAUUACUUCCUGUGUGAAGUUCUAAGCCGACCUCAGCAACCCCCUUCGUGUAAGCCAAUUUAUUCUAUUCCGACGUUUGUCGGCAGUACUGCCCAUCGUUGUAGUUUUAUGUUAGAUUUGUACAGUGUAAGGGUAUUGCCAAAAAAGAAAGUUGGCCACUGUAAUCAUAAUUUAUAUUCUUAGUCAAAAAGCGGUAAGCUUUUUCGUGAGCUUUCGUUCACAGGGACUGUUUAACUGUUGACGAAAUGGAGAAGUACACGGUCUACGAUUCUGGAGCGGAUUGUAGUGAAUUGAUUCUGUUUUUAUUUUUUGUUACGAUAUUAUGUUACGUAUUUUCUUUCAACAGGAUUUUCGUGGUAUUUCUCAUCGCGUUUCUGAUGUUUUGAUAUCAUUUUGUUGAGUGAAUUAAAUGUCAUAUUUUUGCAGAUAGA